CUCUUCUCCUGCCGCCGCCUCCUCCUCCGCCGGGGCCUUCGCCGCCUCCGCGCCCUCCGUUGCAGCCAUGGAGUCCUCCACCUCUGCCACCCUCCUGCUGAGCAGCUGUCACCCUCCCCGCAGCCUUCUUCUCCAGCUGGGCCUUGCCUCCACGUGCUCGCCUGGCUUUCGAAGCCCCGGCCUGUGCAGUCCUGGCCGCCAUGUCUCUCCUGGCGGCCCUAGGGCUGGAGUUAGACAGGGCCCUGCUCCCAGCUAGCGGGCUGGGCUGGCGGGUGGACUAUGGGAAGCUCCCCCUGGCCCCCGCCCCCCUGGGUCCCUAUGAGGCCCUGGGGGGAGCCCUGGAGGGGGGGCUUCCUGGGGGGAGCGAACCCUUGGCAGGUGAUGGCUUCUCAGACUGGAUGACAGAGCGGGUGGACUUUACUGCCCUGCUCCCCCUGGAGCCCCCAAUGCCCCCCAGUGCCCUCCCGCCACCAUCUCCUUCUCCUUGCCCUCCAGACCUCGAGGCCAUGGCCUCCCUGCUGAAGAAGGAGCUGGAGCAGAUGGAGGACUUCUUCUUGGAUGCUCCACUCCCGCCCCCUUCCCCGGUGCCUGUGCCCCUCCCUCUCCCCCCUUUUGACCUUCCCCAGGCCCCUCUGGAUACCCUUGAUCUGCUGACCUUCUACUGCAGUGGGGAGCAUGGGCGGGGUGAGGGGGAAGGCGGGGAGGUCUUCCGAGCCCCCCUGCCCACCUCGUCAGCCCCCCGGCCAGCCCCUUACCCAGUAUCCUCCUCGAGGGGGGACCGCAAGCAGAAAAAACGUGACCAGAACAAGUCAGCUGCGCUCAGGUACCGCCAGAGGAAACGGGCUGAGGGGGAGGCCCUGGAAGGCGAGUGCCAGGGCCUGGAAGCCCGAAACCGGGAGCUUCGGGAACGGGCAGAGUCUGUGGAGCGUGAGAUCCAGUACGUGAAGGACCUGCUCAUCGAGGUGUACAAGGCCCGAAGCCAGAGGCUGAGGAGCACUUAGCACAUGGGGGCCAUCCUGGCCUCACUUCCUCCCUCCUGGAGGGGGCAGGGCAAAGGCUAGGCCUUGCAAGUGAAUGGGACCCCUCCCCACCCAGGGAGGCUUCCUACCCCUUUCUGUAAAUAUGCCUUGGUCAAGGGGUGGGCAUUGACCUCAGGAAAGUUAAGGGGGGACUCCCCUCCAAGUCUGGGGCUGUAAAACAGCUCUGGGGCCUCAUUCGAAGAUUAGGCCAAAGGAGCUGGGGCUGGGGAGUGGUUGGGCAAGGGAUGGUGGUGGUGGCUAUUGGCUGGGAGAUGAGGUGGGAGGGGAAAGGGGAGGAGCCACACCUGGGGCUUUGUAACUAAUAAACAGGUUGUCCUGGA